GGUGGAGGAUCUAGAACAAAUCGCAGCACCGGCUCCAUUAAUCUACUCUGCGGUGAUGAUCGCCUCUUCAGCAAAGCAUAUUCCGCUUCCCACCCCGCAUUUCGCCAAGCCCAAGCGCCACCGCCGCUCAGGCCCAGCCCGCAUGGACCCCACCGACCAGUCGCCGGAGGAGGUGUACUCCGUGUGGGCCCUCCCGCCGGAGCCCGUCCGCGACCGCCUCCGCGGCCUCAUGGCCGGCCUCCGCGCCGCGCACGGCGGCCCGCCCUUCGAGCCGCACGCCACCGUCGUCGGCGCCGUGCGCAUGCGCCGCCCCGCCGCAAUCCAGGCCCUCCGCGCCGCCGCCGUCGCCGCCGGCGUCGCCCCCUACACCGCCCGCGUCACCGGCGUCGCCCGCGGCGACUUCUUCUACCAGUGCGUCUACCUCCUCCUCGAGCCCACCCCCGAGGUGAUCCAGACAAGCGACCACUUCUGCGCCCACUUCGGGUUUCAGAGAUCAACCCCAUAUAUGCCACAUGUAAGUCUCCUGUAUGGGGAUCUAACAGACGAAGAGAAGGAAGCAGCAAGGAAGAAAGUAGAGGAAAUGGACAGUGAAAUUUCUGGACUGCAGUUUGAGAUCUCCGAGCUCGCACUUUAUCGAACGGAUACUGAGGAUAAAAGCUUGGAGUCCUGGGAACUGGUGGAGGUAUGCCACCUUGGGAGGAAGUGAUCGGUUCCUCCCGAUGAUAUGCUUCUGCUAUGGUCUUAGCUCAGCACCUGCCAGGACUAGCCUAUUGUUGUAAGCUAUCCUGAGUGGAACAGUUGAUGUAAAUGGAUCAAGCACAUCUUGUAGAACAUGGGCCACAACCAAUGGAUCCGCUGCCGACAUAUACUGGAGGACUACCAGUUAACAGCCUUAGCCUUUGUCUGUUAUUGUGCCUAGCUCUCUACAGACCUGAAACAAAUUGUGUCUAUGUAUGACCUACUUGCACGAACUACUUGUAUUGUGCGAUGAGGGUUGUCUUAUUCACCUUUCAAAAGUUUUGAUACUAGCGUCAUGUUGUGCGUCACCUGUACGUAACGUCAUUGAUAUUUGUCGAUUAGAUCCUGUACUUUAUGGAGUGGUCGGGCCGUAGAUAUUUUGACAUGCAUGCUAAAGCCAUCCUAUUAUUAGCAUGGCUGUGGUAUACUGGGACGAGCUUGUGAAUUGUAAACGAUAGUUAGCGCAUUCCUUUGGUCACAACCUCUUUGGAGAUAAUGGGUACCAUAUUUCUGAACCUAACAAUGUAGUGACGCUGAACAUGUAGGUGUACUUAACAUGCUUAGGUUCUUCAUUUCAACUGCAUGCUUACUGGUAUUAAGUACUUUCCCUUGUAUUUUUUUUAGAUAUCUGCUGACAUUGUUUUCUUGUUGGCAUGUAAUGCAUUUGCACAGCAUUAAAAGAUUUUUUCCCUUCUGAAAACUCAUAUUCCUUAUAGCUUAGGGUCAUUAUUUUAUUCAAAAUCAGGGAUUACAUAAAAUGGACUAGUAGGAAUGGAAAACAUAUGCUUGCAACCCACUUAAUUGCACUCAGGCCAGGAGCCUGCUCAUGUCACUGUUGUUUACAAAGUGAAUUUUUUCUACCGUGACCUGCCAAGUUGCAGCAAUACUGUAUGUUGGAACAGGGCCAUCACUCUUCUACUUAUUGCCGAAAAAAUGAGCUGCAUGCAUCUUCUUGAAGCCACUGUUAUGUUCUGUGCAACUUUUAGCAAAGAUCUAAGGUAGUUUGUCUAGACCAGCACUAGCUUAAUCAUUGCAUCUCUUCACUGUGUUGCUGAUAUUGCUUAUUUAAGGUAGUUUGCUUUUGUGUUGGCUUUAUUUUUAACCGUGCCUUAAAAAUAGUUAUCCAGCGCAGUAGGCCAUCAUGUAUUUUAGUAUUUCUUUUGCCAGUUUUCUACAAUACAAUUCUGUUAUAUUCUUUUUCUAGUGGAACCAUUCAGUUUUAUUCAAUAGGCUCGCCUAUCCAUACAUAAGGAUGCAAGUUUGGGCUGAUGGCCAACCAACAACCCAUCUAGCUAUUUGCUAUUGUGCACAAAGUAAACUAUUGGUUAGGUACCUGCAGAAGUAUCAGCUAAGUAGAAGUAUACCAUUAGUUAGAUAAAACAGCCCGUGGGUCCGUUCACUUGCAUCCCUACAGGACUAUAGCACGAUUUCUGAACUACCUGCGGAUAUUAUUUAUAUGGCAUAUGGAAAGUUUUGUAGAAACUUUGCAAAGUUGACUGCUACGUGUAUUCAUUUGAUGAUAAGGAUUCUUUUUACUGCCCUGGGAUAGCAAAGUA